AUGGAGCUCUUGGGCCCCUCCGUCCCCUUCAUCUCCUCCCCCUCUCCGUCCUCUGCCCUCUCGCUCCUCAACCUGUCCCUCCCCUCCCCCUCUCCAUCCUCCACCCUCUCGCUCCUCAACCUGUCCCUCCCCUCCACCUCUCCAUCCUCCACCCUCUCGCUCCUCAACCUGUCCCUCCCCUCCACCUCUCCGUCGCUCUCUCCAUCCCCGAGUAUGGCCUCCACCGCUCUCUUCUGCUUCCUGCUCUCCCUGCUGUCCCUGCUGGGGAUUGUGGGUAAUCUCUACACCAUUGGACUGCUCCUGCAUCGCCGCAGGGGGGGCCGACGGAGACCGCUGGGGGGGCCGUGUAUGGCGUGCCUGGGUCGCUCCUGUCUGAGCUCCGCGUCCUCCUCCCCCUCCCUCUCCCCCUCUUCCUCGCCCAACACCUCCUCCUCCUCCUCCUCCUCCUCGUCCUCCCUCCACAUCCAGGUGUUGAGCCUGGCCAUGGCCGACCUGCUGUACCUGUCCACCGCGCCCUUCGUGGUGUACGACAGCCUGACGUCCGACUGGGCGUUCGGCGAGGUGGGCUGCCGGCUCCUGCUGAGCCUGGACCUGCUCACCAUGCACGCCAGCAUCUUCACGCUGACCGCCAUGAGCGUGGACCGCUACCGGGCCGUGGCGCACCCGCUGGCGGCGUCCGUCUCACCCUCCUCGGGGCUGCUGCGCGUGGCGCUGGCCUGGGGCGGCGCGGUGGCGCUCAGCCUGCCCAUGAUGAUCACGCUGCACCUGGAGCGGAUCGGCGCGCGCAUGCUGUGCGAGCCGGCGUGGGACGAGCAGAGCUUCCGCGUCUACCUGAGCGUGCUGUUCUGCACCAGCAUCCUGGCGCCGGGGCUGGCCAUCGGGGCGCUGUACGCCGCGCUGGGGCGCCUCUACUGGAGGUCGCAGAGCCAGGCGGCCUGGAGCUCCAGCGGCAGCUACACGCCGCGCGCCCCGCGGCCCAAGGUGCUGCUGCUCAUCCUGGGCAUCGUGCUGGCCUUCUGGGCCUGCUUCCUGCCCUUCUGGGUGUGGCAGCUGCUGCCGCUCUACCAGCCCGACUUCCUGCCGUCGGUGCCCACCAGCACGCAGAUCACCGUCAACCGCAUCCUCACGGGCCUGACCUUCGGCAACUCCUCCGUCAACCCCUUCUUCUACACGCUGCUCACGGGCAAGCGCAGGAGAAACCGGCAGACCGUCAGCUCUAGCGCCCCCUUGUGUCAGAAGACCAGCUCCAUACGCUAA